AUGGCUACUGAGACAGCUGAUGACAAUAGUCUUUAUCCAUUGGCAUUGCUUAUGGAUGAAUUGAAGCACGAUGAUAUCGCCAAUCGUGUAGAGGCGAUGAAGAAGUUAGAUACAAUUUCAGUGGCGUUAGGCCCAGUGAGAACUAGAGAAGAGUUAAUUCCAUUCCUAGUGGAAGUUGCUCAGGAUGACGAAGAUGAAGUUUUUGCAGUUUUAUCGGAGGAGCUAGGUAAAUUUGUGCCAUACGUUGGCGGGCCUGAGUAUGCUACGAUUUUGCUGCCUCCAUUAAACAUUUUGGCAUCUACAGAAGAAACCCUUGUCAGAGAGAAAGCGGUAGAUUCUUUAAACCAAAUUGCAGAGCAGUUGUCUCAAGAACAAUUGUUCCACGAUUUUAUUCCAUUGAUUCAACAUUUAGCGGACGCAGAUUGGUUUUCGUCUAAAGUUUCAGCAUGUGGUCUUUUUAAAGCCGUUAUUGUUCGUGUUAAGGACGAUUCUUUGAGAAAGGAGCUUUUAUCUCUUUAUUUACAAUUAAUUCAAGAUGAUACUCCUAUGGUAAGAAGAACUGCGGCCAAAAAUCUACCUCUUUUGAUCGAUCUACUCACCCAAAAUCUGGAUCUUUCAACCAAUGAAGAUUGGGACUACAUAUCGAGCAUGUUUCAAAAGAUUAUCAAUGACAAUCAGGAUUCGGUGAAAUUCUUAACCGUCAAUACAUUGAUUUCUAUUUUGCAAUUUUUUAACGCCAAGAAAGACUAUUCGCAUACCCAAGAUCUUUUGGAAUCUUCUAAAAAAUUAAUUGGCGAUGAAGCAUGGAGAGUUCGUUACAUGGCUGCUGAUAGGUUUGAUGAUUUAGCUUCUCAAUUCGAAGGUCAUGACGUGUAUAUUGGAGAGUUGGUACAACCAUUUCUAACCCUUUGUGAAGAUAAUGAAAGUGAUGUGAGGAAAGCAAUUGCUAAACAACUCCCUGGAUUUGCAUCUUUAGUCAAGGAUCCAUCUGUGGUUUCAAAUAAGAUACUGCCUGCAGCACAAAGUUUGAGUAUGGAUGAAAGCGAAAUUGUAAGAGCUUCUUUGGCUGUAACUGUAACAAAUUUGGUAUCCUUAAUGACUAAAGAGGAAGCUAUCGACCAUUUGCUACCAAUAUUAUUAAACAUGUUGAAAGAUGAAUUCCCUGAGGUACGUCUAAACAUCAUUGCUAAUUUGAAAGUGGUUAAUGACGUGAUAGGUGUAGAUUUGUUAUCAGAAUCGUUAUUACCGGCAAUUACAGAAUUGGCUAAGGAUGUAAAUUGGAGAGUUAGAAUGGCAAUUAUUGAGUAUGUGCCAAUUUUGGCGCAACAGUUGGGUGUACAAUUUUUCGAUCAACAGUUAAGUGAUUUGUGUUUAUCAUGGUUAUGGGAUACCGUUUACUCCAUCAGAGAAGCUGCUGUUAACAAUUUGAAGAAACUAACAGAAAUUUUUGGAAGUGAUUGGUGUCGCGAAGAGAUAAUUUCCAAGCUUUUAAAAUUCGAUUCUCAAUUAUUGGAAAAUUUCGUUUACAGAUUUACGCUUCUAGCGGCUUUGACUACACUUGUGUCUGUAGUGGAUAAGAAAGUGAUUGCUGAAGAUAUUUUACCAUUUGUAUCACGUCUGGCGGAUGAUUCUGUUCCAAACAUUAGAUUUAACACAGCCAAAUCUUACGCAAAGAUCGUGGAACGUUUAAGCCAGGACAGUAACUACAGUGGCUUGAUCAAGCAUACCAUCUUGCCCUCUUUAGAGAAAUUACGCCAAGAUGAAGAUUUCGAUGUGAAAUAUUUUGCCAAUCAAAGUCUGGAGAAAUGCAAUAUUACCUUGUGGAUGCGAAAUUAA